AUGAAAAAGGUGGACACACUCGCGACGAGUGUAUUACACCAACUUUCUAAAUUAAAGCCCGGAAAACUAUCUUCUUUACCUAUUACAGAUAUUCAAAUUCUUUGCAAAGAAGUAAAAAGAAUCAUAAUGAGUCAGCCGGUUCUUUUAAAUUUAGAAGCACCAUGCACAAUUUUUGGUGACUUACAUGGUCAGUAUUAUGACAUGUACGGAUUUUUACAAAAAGCAGGCAUGCCACCAGAAAAACAAAUUUUAUUUCUCGGAGAUUACGUUGAUAGAGGAAAAAAUUCAAUAGAAAUACUUCUUACACUGUUCUGUCUUAAAAUCAAGUUCCCAGAAAAGAUAUGGACCUUAAGAGGAAAUCAUGAAUGUAAAGAAAUCUCCAAACAAUACGGAUUUCACGAAGAAUGCAUGACACGAUACGAUGAAAGUAUAUGGGAUACAUUCAAUGAUGUUUUUGACUACUUUCCUAUUGCAGCGAUCAUUGGAGGGAAAAUCUUUUGUGUACAUGGUGGAUUAUCUCCCCAAUUGUCAGAAUUAUCACAAAUAGCAACCAUGCAACGACCUAUUACAAUACCAGAAAGAGGACUCAUAGCAGACCUUGUUUGGGCAGAUCCUUCACCAUCUCAUGAUGGAUGGCAUGAGAGUGACAGAGGAACAUCAUAUACGUUUGGACCAGAUGUUGUAGAUGCAUUUUUGGCCAAAAAUAACUUUGACUUGAUUUGUCGAGCUCAUCAAGUCACAGCAAAGGGUUAUGAGUUCCCAUUCUUCCCUAAUAGAAGUACUGUUACAGUUUUUAGCGCUCCUUGCUAUUGCAAUGAAUAUAACAACUGUGGCGCAAUAAUGAGUGUUGCAAAGGACCUCAGAUGCAGUUUUGUUGUUAUAGAACCAGAUCCUCCUGCAGGAAAGAUAUUAUUGAGCGUGCCAGAAUACAGAGAUUUCUAA